AUGUCGAAAGUCUAUCUUCUUGACUAUGUCGCAGGAAAUGUGCGUAGUUUGGCCAAUGCCAUCGAGAAGUUGGGCUACACCAUUGAAUGGAUAAGGUCUCCAGAAGAUGUGCCAAAAGCAGAUAAACUCAUUCUUCCUGGAGUUGGUCAUUUUGGUCACUGCAUGACUCAAUUCUCAUCAGCCGGCUACCUUCCUGCGAUACAAAAACACAUAGAUUCGGGGAAACCUUUCAUGGGCAUAUGUGUUGGGUUACAGGCGCUUUUCGAGGGCUCUGCGGAAACCCCAGGAGUUUCAGGUCUCGGAGUUAUUAAGGGCACUCUCGAUCGAUUUGACGAUAGCUCAAAAUCAGUACCGCACAUUGGAUGGAACAGUGCAAACACAUCGGAUAAGCAAGUUUAUGGGCUGAGACCGAGCUCCAAAUAUUAUUAUGUCCAUUCAUACAAGGUCCCCUACAAACAAGGAGAAUUGGAAAGCCAAGGUUGGACUGUCGCAACUGCUCGCUAUGGGGACGAAGAGUUUGUUGGAGCAAUCACAAAGGGAAACAUCUUGGCGACACAAUUCCACCCCGAGAAGAGUGGCGUUGCUGGAUUGAGGGUGCUCAAAGCUUUUCUGGAGGGGGACAACAAUAGUAGCGCGGUUGAAGGUGUAGUAGCUGCUACGGAGGGUUUGACCAGAAGAAUCAUCGCAUGUUUAGAUGUGCGAACAAACGACCAAGGAGAUUUAGUGGUGACGAAGGGAGAUCAAUACGACGUGCGAGAGAAAACCGACGGAGGAAAUGUACGAAAUCUAGGAAAGCCAGUUGAGAUGGCCAAAAAAUACUAUGAACAAGGGGCAGACGAGGUCACAUUCCUCAACAUUACAAGCUUUAGAGAUUGUCCGCUAGCAGAUGUGCCGAUGCUCGAGAUAUUACGACAAACAUCGAAAACCGUAUUUGUUCCGUUGACAAUCGGAGGAGGUAUUCGGGACACCGUUGAUACCGAUGGUACAAAGGUCUCAGCAUUAGAGAUCGCAACCAUGUAUUUCAAGAGUGGAGCAGAUAAGGUAUCCAUUGGAUCGGAUGCGGUGACGGCUGCAGAAGAGUAUUAUUCAAAUGGAAAGAAGUUGUCUGGAACUACAGCCAUAGAACAAAUAUCCGGCGCUUAUGGUAACCAAGCAGUGGUCGUCAGUGUCGACCCAAAGCGAGUAUACGUAUCAAAACCCGAAGAAACGAAGCACCACACAGUCCGAACGAAGUAUCCAGGACCAAAUGGCGAGCAAUAUUGCUGGUAUGCGUGUACAAUCAAAGGAGGUCGAGAAACACGAGAUAUGGAUGUGGUCGAACUAGUGACUGCAGUCGAAGCAAUGGGAACGGGAGAGAUUCUCUUGAAUUGCAUAGACAAGGACGGAACAAACAGCGGUUUCGAGUUGGAACUUAUUGAUCAGGUGAAGAAUGCGAUUAGCAUACCGGUCAUUGCUUCUAGUGGAGCUGGUAAUCCUGGUCACUUUGAAGAAGUUUUCUCGAAGACUUCCACAGAUGCUGCCCUUGGAGCUGGAAUAUUUCAUAGAGGAGAAUAUACCGUCAAGCAAGUCAAGGACUCUCUUGCCGAAAAAGGCUUGAUGGUUAGACAAUUUGAGAGCGAUCUCUAA